GCGCGCGCGCGGCCGGCGGCGCCUCCUCAGAGCGGCCGCGGCGGGUUCGGCGCUGACGGGGCCGACGGGCCGAGACCGGCGGAGCGGCCGAAGCGGGCGGCGCCUCUUCCUCCCUCCUCCUCCUCCUCUCUCCUCCCUCCCGCAUCCUCCUCCUCGCCCCCCUCCUCGCCCGCCUCCGCCCCCCCGCACGCAGGCACCGCGGUUCCCGGCACGGACAACAUGGCGGCGGUGUCGGGGGCAGGGGCUGCGGGCGGCUCCGCCAGCGCCGGCGGCCCGGAGAUGGUGCGGGGACAAGUGUUCGACGUGGGGCCGCGCUACACCAACCUCUCCUACAUCGGCGAGGGGGCCUACGGCAUGGUGUGUUCUGCUUAUGAUAACGUCAACAAAGUCCGAGUUGCUAUAAAGAAAAUCAGUCCUUUUGAGCACCAGACAUACUGCCAGAGAACUCUGAGAGAGAUCAAGAUCCUGCUGCGCUUCAGGCAUGAGAAUAUUAUUGGAAUAAAUGACAUUAUCAGAGCUCCAACUAUUGAACAGAUGAAAGAUGUAUACAUUGUGCAAGAUCUUAUGGAGACUGAUCUUUACAAGCUCCUAAAGACUCAACACCUCAGCAAUGAUCACAUUUGUUACUUCCUUUACCAGAUUCUGAGAGGGUUAAAAUAUAUCCACUCAGCCAAUGUGCUUCACCGUGACCUCAAACCUUCCAAUCUGCUGCUUAACACCACAUGUGAUCUCAAGAUUUGUGACUUUGGAUUGGCUCGCGUUGCAGAUCCCGAUCAUGAUCACACAGGAUUCCUGACAGAGUAUGUGGCCACACGUUGGUACAGGGCUCCUGAAAUCAUGCUGAAUUCUAAGGGUUACACCAAGUCUAUUGACAUCUGGUCAGUGGGCUGCAUUCUGGCAGAGAUGCUCUCCAACAGACCCAUCUUCCCAGGAAAACACUACCUUGACCAACUUAACCAUAUCCUUGGUAUACUUGGAUCCCCUUCCCAAGAAGAUUUGAAUUGUAUAAUAAAUUUAAAGGCCAGAAACUACUUGCUUUCUCUACCACACAAAAAUAAGGUACCAUGGAACAGGCUGUUUCCAAAUGCUGACCCCAAAGCACUUGAUUUGUUGGAUAAAAUGUUGACCUUUAAUCCUCACAAGCGGAUUGAAGUGGAGCAAGCUUUAGCCCAUCCAUAUCUGGAGCAGUAUUAUGAUCCAAGUGAUGAGCCUGUAGCUGAAGCACCCUUCAAGUUUGAUAUGGAGUUGGAUGACUUGCCGAAGGAAAAGCUGAAAGAAUUGAUUUUUGAGGAAACUGCAAGAUUCCAGCCAGGAUACCGAUCUUAAACCGUGCAUAGGACAAGGACUUAAAGGACUGGGCAUGCUCAAAUGUUGCUGUUCCUCUUCCCAGUUCUUUAUUGUUGGUCAUGUCUUGUGGCCUCUCUCAGCUUAUCCACUAACUCCUUUGAGCCAUUCAGGAGGGCGGUUCCUGGUAGUUUUGGCUUUUCAUGCUUUCAAUGAAUCUUUUAAGCCUGAAGAAUUGUAAUUGACACUCCUAUGCGUAAUGCCCAUUGUUGACCUGUUGCAGUACUGUACUGUACGUGCACCUACUGCUGCCCGUGUUUUAACUGCUUGCUUUCUGGUUUGAAAGAUGCAGUGGUUCCUUUCACUCCUGGAUCGAUGUCCAAGAAGAUAAUUCAUUAACCUGUAAGACGUUUACACCAUGAACUGUUUUUCUGACUUUACUGAAGUCGCUGGCAUUUUUUUUUAGAAAAGCUACUAUUCAGGGCACUUUAAGUCAGUGACAUCCCAGAUUUUUUUGCACGUCCUUUUUAAAUAGAAGUGGUUGGUUAGCAUCCGGCAGAGUGUACCAUUAUGCUAUGGAUUGCAGCAUAAGUUGUGUUCAUGUUAAUCUUGCUUAUGCACUUGUUUGGGUGUCCUGUGCUGUACAUACAGGUAUUCUAUCUAGUGUAAGAGCCACAUAGGAGCCCAACUUAACUGAAUUCAUCUAAGAAACAUUUUUCCAUGUAUUGACAAAAUUGGAACCUUUUUUUCCCUGCUUUUCCUGAGAGAGAUCAUUUAAAGUUUACCCACGUUGGAGGCAUAGUUCUCCCAAAGUUCCUACCAUGCAGUAGUGUUUGUAUGGCCUGUGCAAAGGCAAGGUGGCAGCUGCAGCUGCUCUUUGCUCCCUGCGUGCUGGAAGGGUUAACGCAGACCACGAUGGCAUCGUGACCCCAUGGCCAGUGCUUUCCUGGGCAAGGCAGCCGUAUCUGGUGGCAAGCAAGAAAUCAGAAUAUGAUGUUAAUUAACUCAGUCUACAUCCUGCAUACCAAUGAAAUGCUUCAAAUGAGGAUUGAUAGUUUUGACAUUUGAAUCUAAUCACUGACAUUCAGAUUCUUGCAGAGAGGAACACUGCAUCUUCAAAUGAGAAAGUUUGAUUUUACUUUUGCUCCUACAGCAUGUCAGCAUCUCAAGUUCAUUUCUUGCAACCUACACUAUGGUGAUUUGUAAUCAAGCCUCCAUGAGCUCGUGACAUGAAGUACUGUUCUGUUGUCAAGUACUAUCAAACUUUUCUGAUAAUGCUGAGUUAGGACAACCAAACAAAGCUAGCACUAAAUAACAUUUAAAAUUGUAUACCUUUUAAUGAUCUUUUCAAGUAUUUGUUACUGAAAUUGUAUAAUGUGGAGUUUACUAGGUGUUAUGUUCCAGUGCAGUGCCUCCUUUUCUUUCCCCACUGCUCUCUGUGGUGAGAAAUUUGCCUUGUUUAAAAUAAUUACUGUGCCCUCGCAUGACUGUUAAAGCUUUCUGUGCAAAGAUGAUUGUCUAAGUGCCACAUGCCUAUGAUUGAGAAAAAAAAAUAAUCUAUUGUUACCUCUGAGUUGUGUUCAACUGAAAUGCUAUUCAACAAAUAACUUAGGAAAAAUAGUUCUAUUUUUAGCUUUUCAUAUCUCUGCUGUCUUUUUCUCAUUUUAUUUUGGCAGCAGUGAAGAAUGGAUUGUAUAAAGACUGCUUGCUAAUAUGAACAAAAUGCACUUGUAAUUCCUGGAAAUAAAUUUAAAUCUUAUAUCUUCACAUUAA